CUUCAUAUAUCCUUCAAACAAACACAUAUAUUUAAAUGCAGAUGCAGUGAUAAUUCCAUUUUGAAGAAAAUCGAAGCUCCAGGCAUAUCAGAUGCAGCGGGAAGCGAGAUUAAAUCGGAGAAUUUCAAGUUUCGAAAGAAUUAAUCCAUGCAAGGAUUAAUCUUUGAAGGGUUCUUUUGGGUUUUUCGUUUUGCAGCGAAACUUUAACAGAUUCAGGAAGAAACCCAGAAAUUUCUAGCUCUUGAAUCACCAUUGAAGAAGCUUCAAAGUGAUUCUUGAAGGGAUUUUGCAGUUCUUUUGAGUUGAAGCAAAAUAUUUGAAAAACGAAAGAAAGGAAUCGACAAACAUAUCAAUAGUACAGUAGAAAAUGUUGACGUGUAUAACAUGCUCAAAGCAACAAGCUGACGAUGGAGAGGAAGCACCGAGAGGUACUCCAAAUACAAAAGAUGCUGUCAAGACUCUUACCAAUCAGAUCAAGGAUAUGGCGUUGAAGGUCUCGGGAUCUAGUAAACAAAGCAAAGGAGAGAGCAGUUAUAAGAGAGGUCAAAGAUCAUAUCCUGAUUUCGAUAUAACAGAAGGACCAUACCCUUCUUAUAUGCAACCAGGAAGCUCAAGUUCUACUCCAGCUUGGGAUUUUACUAGCACUGCUCAUCAUGCUUCUCAGCCUGACUCGAGAUUUAGCAGGCCUUAUGCUGGUGAUCAGACCCCUGAUGCUCGAGAAUCUAUCUCGACUAAGUAUGGCGAAGUAUUGCUAGAAAAUGAUGAAGCCAAAGAAUGGAUGGCUCAGGUGGAACCUGGUGUUCAAAUUACUUUCGUGUCUCUCCCUCGUGGAGGAAAUGAUCUUAAACGAAUCCGUUUCAGCCGGGAGAUGUUCAAUAAAUGGGAAGCUCAGAGAUGGUGGGGCGAAAAUUACGAGAGAAUAAUGGAGCUCUACAAUGUUCAGAAAUUCAAUCAGCAAGCUUUUAACACUCCAGGGAGAUCUGAGGAUGGGAGAGAUUCAACUUACUCGAGGCUCGAAUCUGCCCGGGAAAGCCCGAGGAUGACUCCAUCAGUAAGGUAUAGGCCUUCUGGGAGUAGUAGUUAUUUCCCACCAGACCAUGGUGGCAGUCAGUAUUAUAAUACAGGAUCAAGAGGUUAUCCUGGUGGUGCCCCUAGAGGUGAGACGUCGUAUAUGGAAGCAUCAAGGGAUACGAACGCCUCAGUAGACGAUCCAUCAGUUUCCAUAAGCAAUGCCAGUGACAUUGAAUCGGAGUGGAUUGAAGAAGAUGAACCGGGAGUGUACAUUACCAUCAGACAACUGGUCGAUGGUACUAGGGAGCUUCGGCGAGUCAGAUUCAGCCGAGAAAAGUUUGGCGAGGUGAAUGCAAAGCACUGGUGGGAAACAAACAGGGACAGAAUACAAAAUCAAUACCUAUAAAUGACAGAUUUUCCAUUGAAACAAAUUCAUUCCAUUUUGCUCCAAGUGAAUGCUGCUAAAAGGAUUAAGCUCCAUAAUAUC